ACUGUGGGACGGUAAUGAGCCGGUGUUAUGUUAGCAACGGCGGCUAAUGCUAAAUACAACUAAUGUAACGGACGCGUAGCUUUAGCCUCCGGCUAGCGAGCUAGCCCAUGUUGCUAAUCAACAACGUCAGUUAAACGCAACGUGCAGGCUGUUGCUGUGGGUGAAGGAAAAUAUUAUAAUGGGGAAUGUCGUGUAUGACUGCUUUACAGUAUUGCACGUUUUAAUAUAUGUCAUUCUUUAUUAUGGGUUUUUCCACCCAGAGGCGCCGGGUGUGGGUGGGCCCAGCAUGUUGCAUAACAGUGGUGGGAUAUUAGCAUUGUAGCUAGUGGCUAGUUAGCCUGGAUACGCAGCCCUUAUGGUUAAGAAAACCCGCAAACAUCGCGUUGUGUUGUCGCUUAGAGGCUACACGUAAUCAUGUUAACUCUAUGUGUGCGUGUAGGUGUACGCGUGUUACAUUAAAUUAAUUUAAAUAGAAGUUACUGUACGCAAUUGUCAGCUAAGGCUAGUCGCUAGUUAGCUCUGUUUGUUUGAAGAGCGAGCGUCACUGUCGUUAACCGUGGCUAGCCAGCCGUUAGCCUAGCCGGCCAAGCCUGAGUUAGCAUCGUGUCCCUCCCUCCUCUGUGCACACCGUGGCUGCUGCGAAGCCUGACAUUAUGUCCACCUGUCCGGUUGUUUCUAUGAUGGAGCUCAGCAGACAGACGACCAUGAAGAGAAGCAGGAACCCCAGCAGCAGUGAUGAAUCCGACAGUGAAAGUAAUUCCACCUGCUGGUCCCAACAUUCAUCACAGCCGAGGAGAGGCACCGGACAGAAGCCCUCUGAGGUUUUCAGGACGGACCUGAUCACCGCCAUGAAGGUGCACGACUCGCACCAGCUCAACCCGGAGGACUAUUACGUCCUCGCUGACCAGUGGAGGCAGGAGUGGGAGAAAGGGGUCCAGGUCCCCGUCAGCCCCCAGUCCAUCCCACAGCCUGUCGCCAGAGAGUUGGUAGAGAAAGGGAAGGAGGUCAUGUUUAUCCGGCCCAAGAAGUUGAUCCGGACGUCGGGCACCGAGGCGCUGGGAUACGUCGACAUUCGGACACUAGCAGAAGGAAUGUGCCGCUACGACCUGGACGAGGAAGACGUGGCCUGGCUGCACGUCGCCAACGAGGAGUUCGCUGUUAUGGCUAUGCCGCCAGUGGACGAGAUCACCAUGGAGCGGGCGGUGGAGGAGUUCGAGCACCGGUGCUACGAGAACAUGACGCACGCCAUGGAGACGGAGGAGGGUCUGGGCAUCGAGUACGACGAGGACGUGGUGUGCGACGUCUGCCAGUCGCCUGACGGGGAGGACAACAACGAGAUGGUAUUCUGCGACAAGUGCAACAUCUGCGUCCACCAGGCGUGUUACGGCAUCCAGAAAGUCCCGAAAGGCAGCUGGCUUUGCCGAAUCUGCGCCCUGGGCAUCCUGCCCAAAUGUCAGCUGUGCCCCAAGAAGGGCGGAGCCAUGAAGCCGACCCGAAGUGGAACCAAGUGGGUCCACGUCAGCUGUGCCUUGUGGAUUCCAGAGGUGAGCAUCGGGAAUCCAGAGAAGAUGGAGCCGAUCACCAACGUGUCGCACAUCCCCAGCAACAGAUGGGCUCUGAUCUGCUGCAUUUGCAAAGAGAAGACGGGAGCGUGUAUACAGUGCUCAGCGAAAAACUGCCGGACUGCCUUCCACGUGACGUGCGGCCUUCACGCCAGCCUCGAGAUGAACACCAUCCUCACCAGUGACGACGAGGUCAAGUUCAAGUCCUACUGCCCCAAACACUCGGGACUGGAAGGCGACGAGUCCAGAGACGGAGACUCGGGAGGCGAGGAGGAGAAGGAGGGCGCCAGAGACAAGAAGGGCAGGAGGAAAGGCCGGGUGAGAGGAGAGGACGACGCCACCUUCUUCUCCUCCUCCUCCUCGUCCUCCUUUGUCGCGCCUCAGCUCGUCGACAGAGCGCCGAGUGUCUCGGCGGAGAUCAGCAGCCGCCAGCAGGAGAAGAGGGUCAACCAGCGCAAGCUGAAGCUGCAGGAGAUGGAGGAGGAGUUCUACCAGUUUGUGGAGGUGGAGGAGGUGGCCGCUCACCUGAAGCUGUCGCCGGAGACGGUGGACUUCCUCUACCAGUACUGGAAGCUGAAGCGCAAGGCCAACUUCAACCAGGCGCUCCUCACGCCCAAGAAGGACGAGGAGGAGAGUCUGGCCCGACGCGAGCAGGAGGUUCUGCUGCGACGCCUGCAGCUCUUCACACACCUGCGGCAGGACCUGGAGAGGGUUCGGAACUUGACCUACAUGGUGACUCGGAGGGAGAAGAUGAAGCGAUCGCUGUGGAGAGUCCAGGAGCAGAUCUUCCAGCACCAGGUCAGACUGCUGGACCACGAGCUGCUCACAGGCGAUCCCUCUGCGCAGGACUUGCAGGAUCUCUUCUCUCUGGACAGUUUAUCGUCUCAGGACUCGGAGUCUCGCUCCUCCUGGAGCCACGCCGGACUGAAAAGCAAACGAGGCUCUUCCAAGCAGGACAAAAGGAAAAGCAGUGACAGGAAAAGCCUGCGCGACUCGCGACACAAGAAGGAAAACCUGAGCAAACUGCCGGACGCCAAGGAGAGCAAGAGCUCCCGGGUCAGAGAGGCCGCGGGCGACGCCACAAUCCCAGACUCUGACACCAGUCAGGAGAUGGACUUCCUGUCGCCUCACAAGUCAGAGGAUCGGGAGACGUUCACUCUCAAACUGCACAAACCCGAGAGCAGGAGGGUUGUGAGGCGGGACAACAACGAGGAGCGGAGGAGGAAGAGGAGGAGCGGCAGCGAGGCCACGCACAGCUUCCCCAGCCACGUCAAGAACAAGCUCGGGUCUAAACAUGUGGACAAGUCCAUGUCCAUCAGGCUGGUGGACAUCAGAGGCUCCGACACGGACGACUACUACGGAGAAGAAGAGGCGACGAGUAGAAGCCCCGCCUCCCCGGACGCGACCCCCAACACUAAAUCCGGCGACGCCUGCGAGACGCCGCACGCCGCCGCCAAAGCCAACAUGUUGCCGAGGAAAACGCACGCCGGCGUCUCCCACCAUCUCAAAGGCUGGGGCAAGUUCAGGAUCCCCAGGCGGAGCGAGAAGGAGGAGGCGGAGCAACGCAAGCCACUGCUGCGGCCGCUCACCAACACGCCGGAGCCGACGCACCCGAGGACGCGACUGCACGCCGGGACGGAGAACGACGGCUACGCGUCCGACUCCAAGCCCGGCGACGGCGACCCCUGCCUGAAAAGAUGCCACUCCCACCAGCUGAGAGGCGACGCCUCCCUGAGCCGCCGCUACGGCUCCGACAUCAUCCGUCGCGGCGUGCUCGCCUCCUGAUGGCGGUGGAGAGGAACACUGAGAGAAUAAGCUGCACUGUGUCGGUGGAGAAAAAGAACGAUGGUCGCUCUUUGUACCUUUAUUUUUCUGGAUGAAUCGUUUAAAAGAAGAAGAAAAAACAGAGCUGAUAUUUAUUUUUUAUUUGUAAAAUAUGUAAAACUGGGAAAUAUUUUACUUUAUUUUGAGCUAGUUUAUUAUUAUUAUUAUUAUUAUUAUUAUUAUGAUUAUUAUUACUAUUAGUUUUCCUUAAAGGGAUUGUUCAGGUUUUGUCAGGUGUGGUUGUGUGAGGAACCAGAAGAAAAACACGAGGAAAAACAGAUUUUUUAGCAGCUUAAUGAAACGCUCUGUGUCCGCUUCAGUCUACGAUGUUUUAAACUUUAUUUCCCUCUAACUCUCCCACACCAAAGUCCGUUGAAAAAAUCAGUAAUUUAACAUCGCAGCACAUAGGAGUUGUUGAUCCACUGCUGUCUCCAUCGCUAAUGUGUUAUUUUGUGACUUCAGGGGUUUGAAAUCCUUCGUUCUGAUUUAUUUUAGUGACACAGACUCGCCACUUGAGGGCAGCAGACGACCUGUGUCCACCCAGCUAAAACCGCCCAUUUUCUCUAUGGACUUUGGUGUGGGGAGAGUGAGUAUUCUGUCAGCAGAAAUACUCUGAAGAUAUCGUAGGCGAGACGAAACCGUCUAUUUCCUUGAUUACUCGAUUACUUUGCGCCAGAACAAUUUUGAAAACCAGAAAAUAUUCACAUUUAAGGAGCUGAAUAAUCAGAGAAACUUGUUUUUAUUUUUUUUAUUUUUUUUAUUUUUUUUAAAGCGCUCAAAGUAGUUUGACGAUUAGUUUAGUAAUCGAUGAAUCGUUGCAGCCCUGGACUUGAGCUGACUGUUAUAUAUUUUUUUUUACGACACCUGUUGAGUGUCUAAAAUCAGUUUUUCCUCGUCUCCCAUUCGGUAGCCGUGGCCAGCAGGGGGCGUCCACAGCUCUGAUAAAGUGUCAGUCCCUCAUUUAACCACGCUUUCUGAAAAUCUGAAUAUCCCUUUAGAAUAGAAAGAUGUCAAGUUGCCACUUAAACGCUCGCUCAGAUAUUUACAAGCAUCAGCUACGUAAUAAAAGUCGUGAUUGUUGUCCGGGACCACAAGCUUGUGCGAUGUUUUUUUUUUGUUUUUUUGCCGUAGUAUUAAAACUCAACGACGAGUAGGUUGCACUUAAUCUUAAAAACUUAAAAAAAAACA